AUGGCAAAUCAGGCUGAAGAACUCAAACUUAAAGCAAAUGAAGCUUUUCAAGCUAAUAAAAAUGAUGAAGCAAUUGAUUUAUAUAGUCAAGCAAUAGCACUUGAUGAAAAAAAUCAUGUUCUCUUUAGUAAUCGAUCAGCUGCUUAUACUAAAUUAGGAAAAUAUGAAGAUGCAUUAAAAGAUGCUGAAGAAUGCAUAACAUUAAAACCUGAUUUUACUAAAGGAUAUUCUCGAAAAGGUGCUGCACUUUCAUUUUUAAAACGUUACGAUGAAGCAAUCAAUGUUUAUGAAGAAGGCCUUAAAAUCGAUCCAUCUAAUCAACAAUUAAAGACGGAUCUGAAAACAGCACAAAAUGAUUCGAAAAAAUCCUCAUCUAGUCCAUUUGAUUUCUUUUCUGAUCCAAAAUUUCAAAGUGAACUUAUGACAAAUCCAAAAGCUCGAGAACUAUUAAAAGAUCCUGAAACAGCCAUGCUUAUGAAAAUGAUGCAAGAACAACCAAAUAAUACAGCACUUUUGCAAAAUCCAAAAUUAAUGCAACUCAUUGGUAUUGGACUUGGUUUUGAUAUCGGUAUGUCAGAUGGUGCUGAUGUUAAACCUGAAAGAAAUACAAAUUCAACACCAAAUAAAGUAAAUGAACAAAAUUCCGCUGAAGCUGAAAAAGAGAAGGGCAAUGAAGCAUACAAGAAAAAAGAUUUUGAAGCAGCAUUACAACAUUAUGAUAAAGCCAGUGAAUUAGAUCCAAAGAAUAUGACUUAUUAUACUAAUAAAGCUGCUGUUCAUUUCGAACAAAAACGAUGGGAUGAUUGUAUAAAACAAUGUGAACAAGCUAUAGAAGUUGGCCGGGAAAAUAAAGCAGAUUAUAAAUUGAUUGCCAAAGCCUAUGCCCGUAUGGGAAAUGUUAAAGCACAAGAAAAAGAUUAUGAAGCUGCUAUAAAAUUUUAUAAUACUUCGCUAGCUGAACAUCGAAAUCCUGAUAUUUUAAAGAAAAAACAAGAAGUUGAAAAACUACUUAAAGAAAAAGAGAAAACAGCUUAUAAUAAUCCUGAAUUAGCUGAAGAAGAAAAAAAGAAAGGAAAUGAAUAUUUUCAAAAAGCUGAUUAUCCAAAUGCACUUAAACAUUAUACUGAAGCUAUUAAACGAAAUUCAUCCGAUGCAAAACUUUAUUCCAAUCGAGCUGCUUGUUAUGCAAAACUAAUGGAAUUUCCAUUGGCAGUCAAAGAUUGUGAAGAAGGAAUUAAACUCGAUCCAAAAUUUCUUAAAUGUUAUCUUCGUAAAGGUCAUGCUUUAGUAGCAAUGCAAGAUUUAGGUCAAGCUAUGUCUACAUAUGGUAAAGCUCUUGAAAUCGAUCCAUAUUGUCAAGAAGCUAUUGAUGGUCAACGACAAUGUUCAAUAAAAUCAAAUACUGAUCCAGAUGAAAUUCGUAAACGUGCAGCUGCUGAUCCUGAAAUUCAACAAAUUCUUGGUGAUCCAAGUAUGCGUAUGAUUCUCGAACAAAUGCAAAAUGAUCCACAAGCAUUACGUGAUCAUUUACAAAAUCCAGCGAUUGCACAAAAAAUUCAAAAAUUAAUUCAAUCCGGUAUCAUCAGUACGCGUUAA